GUCAGCUGACCGGUGCAGCAGCCGUCUCUAAGAUGGUGAUCUUCAGUGUGUAUGUAGUCAACAAGGCUGGGGGGUUAAUUUACCAGUAUGACAACUACGUGCCGAGGGCGGAGGCCGAGAAGACGUUUAGUUACCCUUUAGACUUGGUGCUCAAGCAUCACGACGAGAAGGUGGUCGUGUCGUUCGGACAGAGGGACGGGAUCCGAGUGGGCCAUGCAGUGCUCUCCAUCAAUGGCAUUGAUGUCGUGGGAAAGAACACAGCAGAUGGGAAGGACAUCCUGGAAUACCUGAAAGAUCCUGACAACUAUCCGGUGUCGAUCCGAUUCGGACGAGCCCGACUGAGCUCCAAUGAGAAACUGAUGCUGGCGUCCAUGUUCCACUCGUUGUUUGCCAUCGGAUCACAGCUGUCUCCUGAAGUCGGAAGUUCUGGGAUUGAGAUGCUUGAAACGGAUGUCUUCAAGCUGCACUGCUUCCAGACGCUUACAGGAAUAAAGUUCAUAGUGCUGGCAGACCCUCGGCAAGCAGGCAUUGACGCUCUGCUGAGGAAAAUCUAUGAGAUCUACGCAGAUUUUGCCCUCAAGAAUCCAUUCUACUCUCUGGAGAUGCCAAUCAGAUGUGAACUAUUUGAUCAGAACCUGAAGAGUGCACUAGAGAUUGCAGAGAAGGCUGGCAACUUUGGAGCGGGAUCUUAAAGGAGAGCAAAUCUUAUGACUCUUUGCUCUGAGUUCUAAAUUAUGGUUGCUCACAUUUUGUGAGGAGGAUGCUGUAAAUAUGCCUUGUUCUGUAAAUAUAUGAAUAAAGUCACGUGUAUUGCAA